UCCUCCUCCGACUGUAGAGAUAGAAGAAACCCGAGAAGAGAUUUUUGAAGGGUUUAGAGAGAGAGAAAGAGAUGAAGAUACAGUGCAACGUGUGCGAGGCAGCUGAGGCCAACGUACUAUGCUGUGCAGACGAGGCAGCUCUGUGCUGGGCUUGUGAUGAGAAGGUUCACAAAGCAAACAAGCUCGCAAGCAAGCACCAGAGGGUUCCUCUGUCUGCAUCUCACAUGCCCAAAUGCGAUAUCUGCCAGGAGGCAAUUGGGUAUUUUUUCUGUUUAGAAGAUCGAGCUUUGCUCUGUAGAACAUGUGAUGUUGCUAUACACGCUGCUAAUAGCUUGGUGUCAGCUCACCGGAGGUUUUUGCUCACCGGAAUCAGAGUUGGCCCUGAGCCAACUGAGCCUGAUUCUGGAGGUGGUGGUGGUGGUGGUGGUGUUGGUGUUGGUGUUGGUGCCUCUUCUUCUUCUGUCAAGUCACGUUCUGGGUCUGGGUCUGGGUCGAGAUGCGAUACGCCCAAUCCAAUGCCUGUGGAGUGCAAGGUAGCACCGGCCGGUGUUGAUGUGAUGCCUUUUGCUGGGGGUUCUUCAGCUGGGACUGUUCCUCAGUGGCAUAUAGAUGAGUUUCUGGGACUCUCUGAUUUUGAUCAGAGUUUUAGCUACAUUGAAAAUGGAUCUUCCAAGGCUGACUGCGGUAAACUUGGGGAGUAUGACUCACCAGGUUUAAAAUCAUCUGAGGAGGAACUGGAAGAUUAUGAGUGCAUAGGUGAGGUGCCAGAGACCUCUUGGAUGGUACCCCAGGUACCUUCCCCACCUACAGCCUCAGGACUCUACUGGCCUAGAAGUUCUCAGAUUUCAUCUGAUUUUGCAGUUUUUGUUCCAGACAUUUGCCACUCACAAAUGCAAAACCCUCUUUAUUCUCAACAUAACGGUACCGUCUCAAAACGUCGUAGGCAAUUCUAGUCCUUGCUACAAAAGUUACCAUAUGUUGGAUUUGUUUGACUGUGCUUAUAAUAUCAUUUUGUGUACCGUUCUGUCUUCUCUAGAGUAAGUGUAAGAUUAUGCUAUGGUAUCUGUUGAAAGUAGAUUUGUCUUACUUACCACUUUCCAUGUAGUGUCUGUAAACAUCUUUUCACAAAAUAAAAAUAAAUUAGUUGUAUUUGGUUACUGCA